AUGAAAAUUUUACGACAGCGGUUCGAAAACAAAGGCGAUAAUUGCGAAGAUGAUGAUGAUAUUAAUUUAGACUGGAAUUUAGGGACUGAGGAUCAUCAUCUGGAGGAAGAAGUAGGAGAACCGCUAAAUGAGCAACUCCUUUUAGAAAAUAUAGAGGUAGCAGACGAGAAUUUUGCCGAAGAACAAAAUAUAGCUGAGGUACAGGUGCAGCGUUAUUACACUGGCUAUGGUAUUUACCAAAAAUUACUGUCUUCGAAAUGUCGUGUUCGCGAGUGUUGUAGUGAACAAAAUGUUCGAUCGUUUGCAUUUCCCAAAAAUCGGGAAUUAUUAAAAUUGUGGAAGGAGAAUUUGAGGAUCUCACCCUCAAUGCAAAUGCCAAUGCACAAUUCAUUUGUAUGCAUUAAGCAUUUUGAGGAGGAUGCCGUGGGACCAAAAUAUCUCAAGAAUGGAGCGGUUCCAACUUUAAACUUGGGCUAUGAUGAUGUUCCACCGAACAAGUGGACCGAAAAAAAGAAAAAAAGGAGCUGCUGUAUCGAGAGCUGCGUGCCUAAGGAUAAAGUUAUACUUUUUGCGUUUCCUAGGGACGAAGAGACACGUAAGAAUUGGGCCUUGGCUUGCAACGUGCAAGUGUCAAGCACUGACAGGGUUUUUAUUUGCCAACGCCAUUUUGAACCCACAUUGGUUACAAAAUACCAUCUCUUGAAAGGGGCUUUUCCUUGCUUCAAUUUAGAGCCAGUAAAUAGAAGUCGCUCGCCUAGUGCUGGCUCUGAUUGGGUUUGCCCGCCCGUCACUGCAACUUAUAGUAAGGUAGUUAAGCAAGUAGAAGAAGAUUUAACUCUGGAAGAGUUUGAGAAAUAUUCGAUAUUAGAGGAAAACAGGCAGGCUAGUUAUAGUAAUCAGAUCUGCGUGGACUUAGAAACCACAACCACUCGCGAACGGUUUGCUCAGUCUGCUCGCUAUUAUCAGAGCAACGCGGUCAAAUUAAAUAAACGUAUUGAGGAGCUUGAAAAAGAAAAUAAUGACCUAAAAAAUAAAUAUUCUGAGUUGUUGAAACGUGCAAUAAUUGCGGAAGAAAGUUGUAGCAGCGAUGCUUUAACUUUUGCAAAAAUGAUCGUCAGUACCAAAAAAGGUUGGUAUAAUGAGGACGAAAAGGCAUUGGCACAAAAUUUGAACUAUAUGUCCACUAAAGCAUAUUCUUUUAUGCGUGACGAUCUAGGUUUUUGUUUACCACACAAAUCAUCUCUUUUGCGUUGGCGCCCCAUCAGGUAUGUUGUUCCAGGUUUCGAUGCCAAUGUCGUUAACAAUUUAAGCAAAAUUGCUAGCAAAAUGUCCGGCACAGAACGCAUAUGCAUUUUAUUAUUUGAUGAAAUUAGCAUCAAGCCGGAUCUUACUUAUAAUAAAAGUAGGGAUAUAAUUGAUGGGUUUGUGGACCAUGGGGAAGGCCAACGUCAAAGCAGAAUAGGGAACAGAUGUUGUUUUUUUAUGGUUAAAGGGUUGUGCUCUAAGUGGAAAGUUACAUCAAAUUGUGAUGAGUAA